AUGGCCAAGAAAGGAGCCGGCGAAAACACCAAAAAGGUGGCUGGCAACGCCAAGAAAGCCGAAGCCGCCGCCAAAAAGCAGGCUGUCGUUGACGCCAAAAACGCCGCCGAGGAAGACACGCAAUGGUCACAAGGAGCCAAGGGCGCCUCUGCUAAAAAGGAGGCCGCCGAGGCCAAAAAGGCCGAAGCCGCUCGCAAAAAGGCCGAACGCGAAGCCCUGCUCAAAGAAGAAGAAGCCUCGCAGCCAUCCAAGGCCAAGGGCGCCGGCGCCAAAUCCGCACAAAAGAAGACUCGUGGGCUGGAUCUGUCGCAACUGGAUGAUUCGGCGCCGGCCAGCACAAAGGCUUCUGCCCUGAACGCAUCCGGUAUUGAGAAUGCCCUCGAUGCGCUGGAUCUCACGUCAAAGGGCGAUGCCAUGAAGGUCGACAGACACCCCGAGCGCCGGUUCAAGGCCGCGUAUGCCGCGUUUGAGGCUCGUCGUCUGCCUGAAAUCGAAUCCGAGUAUCCGGGACUGAGGAAACAGCAGCGGAUCGAGAUUUGCAAGAAGGAGUUUGAGAAGAGCGAUGACAAUCCGUUCAACAAGGUCAAUGUGGCAUUUGAUGCGUCGCGCGAGGAAAUCGCCGCCGUCAAAGAGGCUGAGAGGAAGAAGGUGGAAUCGAGGUUGGGUUCGAAGUGA